CUGCCCUCUCUCCUUCCAACCCCAGACUUUCCCUUACCGCCCCCUCCCGUGCUUGGGGAGGGAGACGACGCGGAGGGCGCUCUGGGAGGUGCCUUCCCACCUCCCCCUCCCCCGAUCGAGGAACCGUUUCCCCCUGCGCCUUUGGAGGAGGAGAUCUUCCCUUCCCCGCCGCCUCCAGUAGUGGAUGAGGGAGGGCCUGAGACCCCCAUACAGCUCCCACCACAGCCCAGAGAGAAGGUGAGCAGUAUUGAUCUGGAGAUCGACUCUCUGUCCUCGCUGCUGGAUGACAUGACCAAGAAUGAUCCCUUCAAGGCCCGGGUGUCAUCUGGAUAUGUACCCCCACCGGUCGCCACUCCAUUCAUUUCUAAAUCCAGUACUAAGCCUGCAGCUGGGGGCACAGCACCCUUGCCUCCCUGGAAGUCCCCUUCUAGCUCCCAGCCUCUGUCCCAGGCUCAGCCUCAGAGCCAGACACAUUUCCAUGUGCAGUCCCAGGCCCAGCCACAGGCCCAGCCCCAGGCCCAGGCCAAGCCUCAGGUCCAGCUCCAUGUCCAGCCGCAGCCGCAGCCCCAGCCCCAGCCCCAGGCCCAUCCCCAGCCUGUGCCUUUGGCUAACACCCAGCCUCGAGGUCCCCCAGCCCCAGCUCCAGCCCCUAAGUUUUCUCCAGUGACUCCCAAAUUUACUCCUGUGGCUUCCAAGUUUAGCCCUGGAGCCCCAGGUGGGCCCAGGUCACAGCCGAAUCAGAAGUUGGGGCCCCCUGAAGCUCCCUCUUCCACUGGUGCAAGCUCCCCUCAGCCCCCCAGCUUCACCUAUGCUCAGCAGAGGGAGAAGCCCCAGGUGCAGGAGAAGCAGCACCCAGUGCCCCCACCGGCUCAAAACCAAAACCAGGUGCGCUCCUCUGGGGCCCCAGGACCUCUGACUCUGAAGGAGGUGGAGGAGCUGGAGCAGCUGACCCAGCAGCUGAUGCAGGACAUGGAACAUCCUCAGAGGCAGAAUGUGGCUGUCAAUGAGUUCUGUGGCCGGUGUCACCAGCCCCUGGCACGGGCACAGCCAGCAGUUCGCGCUCUGGGGCAGCUGUUCCACAUCACCUGCUUUACCUGCCACCAGUGUGAGCAGCAGCUGCAAGGACAGCAGUUCUACAGCCUGGAGGGGGCGCCAUACUGUGAGGGCUGCUAUACUGACACCCUGGAGAAAUGCAACACCUGCGGGCAGCCCAUCACUGACCGCAUGCUAAGGGCCACAGGCAAAGCCUACCACCCACAGUGCUUCACCUGUGUGGUCUGCGCCUGCCCCCUGGAGGGCACCUCCUUCAUCGUGGACCAGGCCAACCGGCCCCACUGCGUCCCCGACUACCACAAGCAGUAUGCCCCGAGGUGCUCUGUCUGCGCCGAGCCCAUCAUGCCUGAGCCUGGCCGAGAGGAGACUGUGCGGGUGGUUGCCCUGGACAAGAACUUCCACAUGAAGUGCUACAAGUGUGAGGACUGUGGGAAGCCGCUGUCCAUUGAGGCAGAUGACAAUGGUUGCUUCCCAUUGGAUGGCCACGUGCUCUGCCGGAAAUGCCACACGGCCAGAGCUCAGACCUGAGUGAGGACCGGCCCCCUUUUCAACUGCAAGUCCAGUCCCUAGCAGUGGACCACCCACCAUGAGACCACCCCACCCCUCUACCCACCCCACCUCCCUGCAGUUAUUUUUUGAUGUCCAGCCCUUCCCUCCAUACCAGACCCCACCCCAGUAUCCUUAGUGUGCUGAUCCAGGGCCCCAGUGUGGCCUAGGGCUGCAGAGUCCCAGCCCUGGAGUCCAGUCCUCCCCUAUCCUGCAGGGACCACCCACCGUCGUCCAGGUACCCCAGCUGAGGGGGCACCAGGCUGAGCACUGCUGCUUUCACUGCCGCACCGAUGCCCCGAGCAGCCUCGUACUUUGCUUGCUGAGGGCCAGGGGACACCCUGACUCUCUGGGAGCUUGGGCUGGGUCACCAGCCUGGACAUUCCCACCUGCCCCUGUGCCGCCAGGUUGUGGCUACAGCUACAAAUAAAAGAACUGUUUUCCAGAA